UCAGCAAAAUCGUUCAUGGGUUCGCAAAUCAUGAGACGCCUUCUACGAAGCCAUGCGAGCGAGUUCUUCUCACCACAAUCCGCUGCAAACCCUAGUUCUUCAGCUAGGGUUUUCUCAUUCUUUGAUCGGACCCUCUUCUCCUCCGCUGCUCCGACCCCCAAUCUGAUCCGAGCCACUCUCUUCCCCGGUGAUGGAAUUGGUCCCGAGAUCGCCGAGUCUGUCAAAGAGGUGUUUAAAUCAGCUGAAGUGCCAAUUGAAUGGGAGGAACACUAUGUUGGGCAGGAAAUUGAUCCUAGAACCCAAAGUUUUCUUACAUGGGAAAGUUUAGAAUCAGUGCGGAAAAAUAAGGUUGGCUUAAAAGGGCCAAUGGCCACACCAAUUGGAAAGGGUCAUAGAUCAUUGAACCUUACUUUAAGGAAAGAGCUUAAUUUGUAUGCUAAUGUUAGACCUUGCUACAGUCUCCCUGGCUACAAGACUCGCUAUGAUGAUGUAGAUCUCAUCACCAUCCGUGAGAACACAGAAGGAGAGUAUAGUGGCCUUGAACAUCAAGUGGUGAGGGGUGUGGUUGAAAGUUUGAAGAUCAUUACUCGUCAAGCAAGUCUGAGGGUGGCUGAAUAUGCCUUUCACUAUGCUAAGGCCCAUGGUAGAGAGAGAGUGUCUGCAAUCCACAAAGCCAACAUCAUGCAGAAAACUGACGGUCUCUUUCUUAAGUGUUGUCGCGAGGUUGCCGAGAAGUAUCCUGACAUAACAUAUGAGGAAGUUGUUAUUGACAACUGCUGUAUGAUGCUUGUGAAAAAUCCAGCUCUUUUUGACGUUCUAGUGAUGCCUAAUCUGUAUGGUGACAUUAUCAGUGACCUUUGUGCUGGGUUGAUUGGAGGCUUGGGCUUAACACCAAGCUGCAAUAUUGGUGAGGGAGGCAUUGCUCUUGCUGAGGCUGUGCAUGGUUCUGCACCUGAUAUUGCUGGAAAGAAUCUGGCAAACCCAACAGCUCUAAUGUUGAGUGCUGUAACGAUGCUUCGCCAUCUGGAGUUGCAUGAUAAAGCUGAUCGGAUCCAGAGUGCUAUCCUUGCCACAAUUGCUGAAGGGAAGUACCGAACUGCUGACCUGGGUGGCUCUUCAACAACCACUGAUUUUACUAAGGCAAUUAUUGAUCAUCUCUGAAGAAUGCUUCUUCAUAUUUGAUUCUGGCAAAGUUCUCGACAACAAAUUGCUCCUUUUUUGAUAUUCUUUUCAAAGCAGUGUUUUCAUAUACUCUAUAGUAGUGAUUUUACCCUGAUUUUUUAGAAGUUAGCCAAUUAUAUCUUGGCGUGAAGACGCUCACCAGAAUUUGUCGAUAGAAUUAACCAUGGCCUCGCUGUUCUUUUGCAAAACAUCUGAAAGUAGAGAGAGAUAACAGAAGCACAACUGUAUAAAGUACCUCUCGUGGUUCGUUCUAUUUAUUAUCUUCGCAUGGAUUGAAUAAAAGCAUCACAAUUUUCUCUUA